AUUUCUCAUUUUUAUUCUAGGAUAAAGCAGAUGGCGAUCGUUCUCAAGGCACAAAUUAGCUUGUUGAAUCUGUAGUCACUGUCGUUAGUGCUGAAUAAAAAUGUAGGAAAAGUUAUAUGUCCUUUAAAUCAUAUUAUUAAUUAUAUAAAUUAUAUUUAUUUCUUCAUUAAACAAACGUUCAGUUAAUAUAUUAUAAUAUUCUAUUUUUUGCAAUAUGAGUAAAAAAUUAAAGCUCGAUCAUUUGACAACAUCAAGAUGUUUACGACCUGGAACUAAAGCCGGUAGCACAGAUUCAUCAUCUACAACAUCAAAGUAUUUUGACAAUAAAGAUGCAUUGCCAAAAAAAGUAGAAAAGAAAAAACUGUCACCAAUAAAAAUAAAGAAUGAGGAAGAAAAGAAUGUGAUUAAGGUAGAGAGUAAUGACAUAAAAGUUGAAGAUUCAAAACAUGAAGUUAUUAAGAAGGAAAGUACCCAGAAAGAAAACAAUUGGAUGCCACCAAAUUGGGAAAUUAUUUGGAAUAAUGUAAAAGAAAUGCGAAAACACGAAACAGCACCUGUGGAUGAAAUGGGUUGUCAUAAAUGUGCUGAUCCUGAAGCCACUGCCAAGGUUGCUAGAUAUCAAUCAUUAGUAGCAUUGAUGCUUAGUAGUCAAACAAAGGAUCAGGUCACUCAUGCUGCUAUGCAGAGAUUGAAUGCUUAUGGCUGUACACCAGAAAUAAUGAAGGAUAUCCCUGAUGAUGUUCUUCAGAAACUUAUAUAUCCUGUUGGAUUUUGGAAGAGGAAAGCAGAGUAUAUUAAAAGGACAGCAAGAAUUUUAAUUGAUAAAUAUAACGGUGAUAUACCUAGAACAUUAAAGGAAUUGUGUGAGUUACCUGGAGUUGGACCAAAGAUGAGUCAUAUUUGUAUGCAAAUAGCAUGGGGUGAAGUUUCUGGCAUCGGUGUGGAUACACAUGUACAUCGUAUUUGUAACAGAUUAGAAUGGGUGAAGAAACCAACAAAGACACCAGAGGAAACAAGAAUUGCACUGGAAGAGUGGCUUCCAAAAGAUCUUUGGAAUGAAAUAAAUCAUCUACUUGUUGGAUUUGGACAAGAAAUUUGCUUACCAAGAUUUCCCAAAUGUAGUGAAUGUCUGAAUAAAGACAUAUGUCCAUUUGGUAAAAAGAAUAAAAUUAAGAAAUGUGAUUUUUGAAACUAUUUAUCAUAAAAUGUAUUUAUUUGUAUUCAUGAUAUUUGAAAAACACAAUUUAUAAUAUUAUUGCUCUAACUUUUUUUAAGUUUCACGUUGUUUCCGAAUUUUCUCAUUAUGUUCUUUAGUUUCCUCAUAUUUUCUUUAUUAUCUUUUUGCCAUUAUAUGUCUGUUUUCGUUGGAGUACUUUACUGUUUCUUACGUGCAAAAAAACAUUAUUACCGUUACGAAAUAUUUCUUUUGAUACCAUGUAAUUUUUAUAAAUAAAUUUGAUGGAUUCCUCCAGUUUGGACGCUUAUAUUACUAAACAUUAACAUAAUCCCACUGAAACAUAAGUGCAGCGGUGUGCAUUAGACCUUCCACUUUCGAAUAAGUCCUCACCCAGCCCCAAAUGUUUUCAUAUAAGGACGAAAAGUGUAGUCCCGUAAACCCCUGUUUAGGCCCAUUUUUGCCGGUAAUUAACUAAUUGAACCAACAUAUUUUGCACUGAACAAUAUAAUUAGAUUAAUCUAGUGUUUCCUGACAAAAAAAAGAAUAUCAAAUGUAAAUAUAUGACAAACAUUGAUUAUUUAUAUUUUAUUACAAUAUUAAAAAAUUUAUUUGGAAGUAUCUAUUAAUAUUUUAAAUUUCGGUUUGUUAUAAUAAAAUUUGGUAUCUUACUAAACUACAUUGAAAGCUUCGUACUUAAACAUUUCAUCAUUUAAAGUAUUUUUUAUG